UUGUCCUCCAAAUUCAGAUUGACGAGGUUGUCGGAAGCGGAAAAUGCGAUUGAAGUUGGAGUUAGACGGAACAGAGGGAAGAAACCUCUUCUCUUUCUUUUCUCUCUAAUCCGAUGAGGGAACUUUCCCGCCAACGCAAUCAAGUGUUAACGGCCCAUCAUGAUCACAAUUCAAUCUUCGUUUCCUCUCAAAUCCUCCCUCUUCAUCCUUCUUCUCUCCCUCUCUCUUCUCCAUUUCAAACUGUCUUCCGACCCGACUGUUAACCAAUCCCUAACCCUAACGCCAAACAGAACCCAACCCCAACCCCAAACCACCCGUAACAACUACAUAAUCCGGUUCACCGACUACAAACCGGCGUCCGAUCACCGUUCGUACUUAGAAUCCAGCCUCCGAUCCGAUGGCUGGGAAUGGAUCGAGAGGCGCAACCCUGCGUCCAAGUUCCCCACCGAUUUCGGGUUGGUUUCGAUUAAGGAUUCGGUAAAAGAAGCAUUGAUCGGCAAAAUUGAGAGGCUGGGAUUAGUUAAAGAUGUGAACGUUGAUUUGAGCUAUAACAGGGGGAUGCUUGGUGCUGCUUUUGAGAACGGGAAAAAACGACCCGGAAAGAUUUUUACUUCGAUGUCGUUUAGUGAAGAGAAAAAUUGCCACGAUUCGUGUUUAAGUAAUUCUUCAAUUAAUUGGAGUCGCCAUCUUUUGAUGCAGAGGUCUCAAGUUACUUCCUUGUUUGGAGCGGAUGCUCUUUGGGGAAAAGGGUAUACUGGUGCUAAAGUGAAAAUGGCUAUUUUUGAUACUGGA